CAGAAACCAGAAGCUCACCCAAGAAAAAUGAAUCAAAACACACCAUACUCGGUUUCAACACUACGGGUGAUCCACCGGACCAUGCCGAGAUCUGCCUGACGGAGGCAUAGCAUAGCAUCAACUUUAAGCACGAUUUUCUAUGCUUCGUUGGUAUUGAACUCGCGUCUCCUUCCCGGCUUUUCACCACUUUUUCCGUUUCACCAUGAGCCCCUCCUCCGCCCCGCCCUCGGCCGAGCCGGUGGUCACUUUCAGCUCGGGGCGGGACCUGAACACGCCGCCGGACCUGCGCUUACUCCACUUCAAUGAUGUUUACCAUCUCGACCCCUCGUCUGCCGAACCGGCCGGCGGCGCGGCCCGGUUCGUGACCGUGUGCAAGGAGUACCGUGAGGCCGAGCGGUUCCGCGGCCAGCCCGAGCUGGUCACGCUCUUCUCGGGCGAUGUGUUCAACCCGAGCCUCGAGAGCUCGAUUACGAAGGGCAGCCACAUGGUCCCCCUCCUGAACCUGAUCGGGACCGACUGCGCCUGCGUGGGGAACCACGACCUCGACUUCGGCGUGCUGCAGUUCGGCCACCUCGCGUCGCAGUGCCGCUUCCCGUGGCUGCUGGCCAACGUGCUGGACCCGGCGCUGGGCGCGGACGUGCCGCUAGGCGGCGCGGCUAAGACGCACAUGCUCACGGCGUCCAACGGCCUGCGGAUCGGCCUGCUCGGCCUCGGCGAGCGCGAGUGGCUCGAGACCGUCAACGCGCUGCCGCCCGGCGUCGUCUGCCGCCCCGCCGCCGAGGUCGCGCGCGAGCUCGUGCCGCAGCUGCGCGCCCAUGGCGCCGACCUCGUCGUCGCGCUGACCCACAUGCGCGAGCCCGGCGACCUCGCCCUGGCCGAGCAGCUGGCCGGCACCGACGCCGCGCCCGACCUCAUCCUGGGCGGCCACGACCACUUCUACUCCCACAGCCUCGUCCGCGGCCGCACCCACGUGCUGCGCUCCGGGUCCGACUUCAAGCAGCUGAGCUACCUCGAGCUGCGGCGGGCUGCCGCCGACGACGGCAGCGGGCGCCGGUGGGACGUGGACAUCUGGCGGCGCGACGUGGUGCGCGCGGUGCGCGAGGACGCCGAGACGCUCGCGCUGGUCGACCGGCUGACGGCGAAGCUGAAGAAGAGCCUCGAGAAGCCGGUCGGGUUCACGGCCGCGCCGCUCGACGCGCGCUUCACCACCGUCCGCCUGCGCGAGAGCAACCUGGGCAACUUUGUGUGCGACCUCAUGCGCCACCACUACGGCGCCGAGUGCGCCCUCAUGGCGGCCGGCACCAUCCGCGGCGACCAGGUGUACCCGCCGGGGCCGAUCCGCGUCAGGGACGUGACCGACUGCUUCCCGUUCGAGGAUCCCAUCGUCGUCAUCAAGGUGUCCGGCAGGGCGAUCUGGGACGCGCUCGAGAACGGCGUGUCGCUGUAUCCCGCGCUGGAAGGCCGGUUCCCCCAGGUGUCCAACAUCCGAUUCACCUUCGACCCCUCGCGGCCCCCCGGCUCGCGCAUCGUCUCGGCCGAGAUCGGCGGCGCGCCGCUGGAUCCCGGCCGGGUCUACGUCCUCGCCACGCGGGGGUACAUGGGCCGCGGCAAGGACGGCUACCGCAGCCUGCUGGUGCGGUCCGAGGGCGGCGAGUACGAGGAACUGGUGUCAGAGGAGAAUGGCAUCCUCAUCUCGACCAUGCUGCGCCAGUACUUCAUGUCCCUGACCGUGCUGGCCCGCUGGAAGCGCUGGGGCCCGGCGCUCGACCGCCACUGGUCCCGGGUGGCCGAGGGCGUCCACGAGAGCCACCCCGUCGUGGGGCAGCCGUUGGGUUCGCCGCCGGCGGGCGAUGCCAGGGAGGGGAGGCCUGGCCACGAAACCAGCGCCAACGAGGCCAGCGGCGGCGGCGGCUGGGCCGAGUGGACGCCGGCCAGGCUCCGGCAGCGGCGCGCCAGCAUCCCGCCGAUGCUUGGGUCCGCCGAGGACGACAGCGAGGAUGAGUCGGCCGGCGAGGACGGCGAGCGGGCCCGCCAGAGGGCGAGGGACCUGGACCGGCAGCUCGCCGUCAUGCGGCGCGUGUUCCGCAAGUGGUGCCGCCUGGCCCGCGUGCACGGGAAAAAUAUCCGUACGUGCGACAGCCUGGCCGAGAGCGAGUGCGACGUCGGCUGGACCAGGGCCAUCGCGCCCCGCGUCGAGGGCCGCAUACGGAUGGUCACCGGCAGUGCUGCGCCUGGCACGGAGGGUCAGUAGGGGGCAGGCAUGAGUCAAAGCGCGAGUCCCGCGGAGAGGCUUAGGUUGCCCAGCCCAUCAGAGCUGCUGCUGC